AUGACCAAUGAUGUAAAAACUAAAAUUGAUAAGAUAUGCAAAGAUCUUGAUCCAACAUUAACAAUUUCUGAAAGAACAAAAAUAUUAAAUUCUGAUGGCUGCGAUGCAAAGCCACACCAAGUUUAUUACUAUAUGAAAAAAAAAUAUAGCCAUAAAAGGAGCCGAUUUCAUCCCUAUCAGAGAAAAUAUGUCGGUAAUGUUCUUAAACGUCAAUGCUUUGCAGCAAAAUUAAUUGAUACUUUGGAAGAGGGUAAACAAAUAGUCAACAUCGAUGAAUUUGGUUUAGAUUUUAGCAAAAGAAAUUAUGGAUGAAGUGAAAAAGGAUCAAAAUGCUUAGGGUUUAAGACUUCAAUGAAAAGAUUUUAUAGCAUUAUUAUUGCAGUAUCUAAUUGAAAUGGAAUAAUUGCAUGAAGAGCUAUUGGAGAAAAUAAUAACGCAAAAAAGUUUAACAAUUUUAUUGCAGAUCUGACAAAAUACAUUUAUAGUCAGGAUAGAGAUUUUAGGGAAUAUACAGUGUUUUUUUUGGAUAAUUCGAAAAUACACACAUCAGCCAUUAAUAAAGAGCUAUAUGAAAAAUUAGGCCUGUUUGUAUUGUUUGGGACUCCUUACACUCCGCAGUUUGCUUUCGUUGAAAGAAUUAUUAGUUAUAUUAAAGCGAAAGUCAAAAUCUGUGAAGAUACACUUUUAGAAAGUUUGAAAUAUAGUGUUAAUAAGACACAAGAAAUACUUGAUAUGGAAAAAAUAAUGAGAAAUAUUUUAAACAGUUACGGGUCGAAAGCCUUAAAACUCGAAGAUUUAGGAGAUUAG